UACUAAAGCAGCUUUGGCUGCACUGAAGAAAAGUAUUGAUGGUCUUUCUGCUGAACAUGUAAGGGCUCCUGUCAGCCUUCUGGUAAUUCACUAUGUGAUACAGCAUGGCCAGAGAACAACAGGAGAGGGUUAGAUGGGAGCCUUAUUCCCUGCAAGGGGAAGAAAGUUUGCUAUAGAUUAAGUAGAGCACCUGAAGCCAAUUAGAGCAUCCACAGUCAGUCCCCUGAUAAAACCCCCCUGAUCCAAUCAGACAGUGUUGGAGCAGAGAGGAUUGGUGUUGGAGCAGAGAACAGUUUGCAGGAGUAGAAACAGAGCGGAUAGGUGUUGGAGCAUAGAACAGUUUGAAGGGAAGCAGAAGACAGUUUGGAGAAGUGCUGCGGUGGGCUAAGAAGUCCAAGACCCAAGGUAAAGGGGCACCUGGCUUGUACAGAGAGAAGCUGAAGGGCAGGAGAGGGAAGUAGCCUAGGGGAAGGAACUGUCAGUUCAAGUGGUUUAUCACUAUCCUCAGGGCCCCUGGGCUGGGACCUGGAGUAGAGGGUGGGCCCAGGUCCCUCCCUCUCCACUCUGCUCCUCUAGGACAGUAGUGGGGCUGUUAAUAUUCCAAUUCAGGGGCAAGAAAUGGUGCUAUGAACACUCCUCCCCCCCAAGAACAGAAAGUGUGAGACCCAUCAUAAUAGUGCUGGCAAUUUCCCACAACUGAUUGUGUGUUUAAGUAUUGCCACUGCAGCCUAGCACAAGAGUCAAGAUGUUGUGUUCCUGCAUAUUUUAAUUCAACUAUCAUUUGGCUAAUGUGUGAUACAGGCAAACACAGGGAAGUCUGGCAGAUGGAAUUAGGACUCCUGGAUUCUACUUUCAGCUCUGCCACUGAGGGCUUUGGACAAGUCAUCCUCUCUCUUCAGUUUCCCCAUCUGUUAAAACAGGGAUAAAAAUACUUAUUGUACUGGGAACAUAUGCAGCUUAAUUAAUAUUUGUGAAAUGCCUUGAUCAUUAGAUGAAAUGUGAUAUACAAUAAGUGCAAAGACCUUUAUAUAUAUUUAAGUAAGUUAGAAAAGUUAGAUUUAGAUAAAGUUAGAUGUAUUCAAAUCAUCAGGGCCUGAUGAAAUUCAACUUAGAGUAUUUAAGAAACUAGGUGAAGCAAUCUCUGAACAUUAGCAAUUAUCUUCAAGAACUCACAGAAGAUGGAUGAGGUCCCAGAGUACUGGAGAAUGGCAAACAUAACUACUAUCUUUAAAAAGGGGGGAGGAAUGAGAACCUGGGAAACUAUAGACCAGUUAACCUAACUUUUGAUAUCCAGAAAGAUACUGGAACAAAUUAUUAAACAAUCAGUCUGUAAAUAUCUAGAGGAUAAUAAGGGGAUAAGUAAUAGCCAAUAUGGACCUACCAAGAACAAAUCACACCAAACUAAUUUCCUUCUUUGAUGGGGUAACUAGCCUAGUGGCUGGUGGGAAGCAUUCAGUGUGACAGUGAAGCUUUCGACACAGUCUGAGCCUCCUCCUGCACCCCAAACCCCUCAUCCCUAGCUCCACCCCCAGCUGGAGCCCUCUCACACCCCAAACCCCGACCCCAGCCCAGACUCCCCUCCCACACCCCAAACCCCUCAUCCCUGGCCCCACCCCAGAGCCCAUACCCCUAUGCACCCCAAACCUUUUUGUCCCAGCCCAGUGAAAGUGAGUGAGGAUGGGAAAGACUGAGUGAUGGAGUGAGCGGGGACAGGGGUGUUAGUUUUUUUGUGAUUAGAAAGUUGGCAACCCUACCCCAGCCCCACCAGCUUGCUGCAGGGCAGAAGCCCUGAGCUCCCCUUGUCUGGUAGAUGGAGAAUGGAUGGGGGGCACCUCUGGGGGCUCCACAAGCUGCACUUUAACUGUAAAAGAGCCGCAUACAGCUCAUGAGCUGUGGUUUGCCCACCCCUGCUAUAGAAAUUUAAUGCUUCAUUGUUCCAUUAGUACUGAAAUCAUUAGGAAAAAGAAGAGUGAUGAAAAAUGUGAAUUAUCUGUCUAUCCCUGGACAGACCUGCCCUGGAUCAAUGUUGAGACCAUGCGACCCAUCAUGUAAUCAUAUGGAAGGAGCAAAUCUGGCUGAUUUGUUCUUGUAACUUCCAAAGCAAGUUCACGGGGUUUUACAUUUUAAUGGUAAAAAUUUCAAAAGUAUUUAAGUGGCCUAGGAGCCUACCUUCCAUUUUCAAAAGUGACAUAUGCACUUAUCCAUUGACGUUUCCUUUGAAAUCUAUUUAAAUUAGGCAUCUAACCUGAUUAGGCAAUUUUGAAAAUCUCACAUGGCACCUAUCUCCAUUUUUACCUUUGAAAAUCUGGCUUUAAGUGUCUAUGUCACUUUCUAAACCAGGGCUUAGACUCCGAAUCAUUCAGGUGACUGAAAGAUUUGUUCCUAACCUACAAAACCCAAUGCAGUCUUUUUGGAAUUUCAUAGGAAGAACUCAAUGUAUACACAAAGCAGUCAGAUGCAAGCACUAGGUAAGCAGGAUUUGACUAUUUGAAGAGAUGAAUCAGCACUGAUGCUAGAGAAGUGGGCAGAAAGACUUAUCACUGCAGUUUGAACUGGACUACCCUGUGGGCACAAAGUCCUUGUGCAGAUCUGAAGGUCCUGUUCCCUCAUUGUGAGCUACUCAAAAAGUAGCACUAUGAUGCCAAAGCUAUAGGAAUGAUUCAUGAAACACAUACAACAGGAGCUAGAAUCCUAAUACUGGACAGUGUUCUAGAACCUCCUGAGCCACUGUACAAGUAAUUGUGAGUUUCUAUGACAAUUUCAUUAAAGUUCUUCCCACGUCCACAUGGAGGGAGAAACCUAAGCCUACCCUGCCAGCAUUCCACCUUCUCCUAAAACUCUGCAGUUCUAUUACUGAAAGAAAAGUGAGGAGGGCAGCAGAGAGGACAGGGUUUAUUCACACAUAAUUAGGCUUCAAAGGACAAGAAAGGUGAAUUGUUUCCUAUUUACCUAGUUGGAGAUUUCACAGCGUCUUCAUUUCUGUACAGCUUCUAGUUCUAUAGUUAGCUAUAUUGAGUCUGAUUUAAUUCAGAAACUCAUGUUUUGUCACUAUAGAAGCAGGACUGAAUCCAGUCUUUGCCCUUUACUGCAAAUUGAGCUUAACGGGAUAAUUUUAACAAAUCAUUUUCUCUCUAAACCAUAAAUGCUUUAACAUUUCCAAGCUGGUAUAUUUAAAACUGUUUUCAUAAAAUAAUGCAUUAAUGUAUUUUCUUUUCAAUACAGAAUAUUAACAACAAAAAAAGGUGUUGCAGAAGAUAAAAAUCAUGGAAAAGGUGUAAAAAUGCUAUACUCACGCAACUGUCAGCUGUCCUAUAGUAAACUGCUGUAAUUUGCUAGGUAGGGUACGCAAGAAAACACAGUUAAGUCCAAACCCACCAAAUUCCAAACACAAUCUGCUAACAUCUGACACUUCAUUGUGCAGAUUUAGAAUUAUUUUUAUUUAGGACACCAUCUGCGUCAGAGAAGUAGCUUUAUAACAUAGUUGUAAAGCAUUUGCGGUCCACAGAAAAACUCUUUGCAAGUCUUCAAAACUCUACCAGACAGUCUAGAAUUGCAUUGACACGCUGAGCAUUUUUUGUGGACUGCUGGUGUGCCAAUAGUGAGAGGGCUUUACAUGGAAUUUGGAACUGCUAGGAAGACGUGUGCUUCCCUCAAACUUGACCUGCUGAGAAUUCCCUAUAGAAAGCAAUAAGCCAAAACUAGCUUUGUUUCUCCUGCAUGUUGAAUUCCAAUGCGUAUAGCAUCAGGGUUAUAGGUUAUCAUGGAAUAUUUUAGUAGGUUAUGCUUUGAAAAGUGAAUGGAAAAUGGCAUAAUGGUCUUCUAUGUUUAAGGCCUGAUCUUCAAUUACUCUUCAGGCAGGAGUCCCGCUGAAAUCAGUGGGAGUUCUAUGAGCGCAGCACGGGGCCAUUAUAUCCAGUGGCUUUCACAGCAUAUCGGCUCAGUUUACAAACCCAAAGAAAAAUCAUUUUUCUAACAUCCAGUGCUGCAAACUGAACCUAGGAUCUGCCUCCUCCUGUACAUCAUUGCCAGUAACAAAAGAUUCUGCAGCAGGAACUUAGCUGAGUUGGAGAGGCAGGAUAACAUUCAGCUCCCUUCUCUGUAACUAUACUGGCUCUGAGAUGCCAGCUGUAGUUAAAAUUUUGCAUCUCCCAGCAUAUCAGGAGAUAAAAAUCAAACAUGGACAGUUAGCAAAGAGUGUCAUUUUUACAUUGUCACUGUUCUCUCUGUAACCACAUUUUGAAGUGUGUAAUACAUACACGUAAUGUAUAUGAGGCACAUUUAACCCUCUUGGACCUAUACAGAAGAGGAAAAUUACUGUUCUUACAGAGAACAGCUGAACCUCCAGGCUUGUUUGGUUAAUUCCUUAUUUUAAAUCUGCAAGUACAUUGUUAUGCUAAUGUUAUUUCUUCGUUUUUCAUUCUUGUAUCCAGCUUGCUGAAGAGCUCUUAUCUUUUGGGUUUCAGGCACCUGUGUCAGUCCAGGAACUGUUUUAAAAUAAAUCUCCUGAGUCAUAACAUAUUUAAAAAGGAACAGCAGUAGACGGGAUGGUUCACGACUCAAAGCACAGCAAGUUUUGCUGCUGAUACAGAGAAAAUAGAGCCACACAGCUGAUGCUUAAAGCACCAAAGCAGCAAGUACAGGUGAAGCUCAGGUGAGCACAUGGUGUCCGAUGAGUGAGAUACCAGCAGGUGCAAUAAUGACUCUGCAGAAGAAAGAGGUAGAGUGAGCUGUUUUCUAGCAAUUCCUUCUUACCAUAGCGCUUAGGAGCCCAGGACCUCACUGUGCGAGAAGCUGUACAGACAGAGAACAGAAAGACAAGAGGCAACAGAUAGAUACAGACAGGCAGAGAAGAGUACAAGGAAACUAUGUGAUAAUAUUGGUCAGCAUGAAUAGGCAGUGGUCUCAGCAAACUGGUGGGCUAACUGCUGUCAAUUUUUUGUAAGCAUCAAGGCAAAGGAGAGUAAUACAGAGUAACUUGAACAGGGAUAAUGAGGCAGCUUACCUGAGGGGCUGACAGCCCAGUUAUUCAAAGUGUCCUACAGCUGAGAGCAGUGUAAUCUAAAAAGUCCCAUUACACCACGUGAGAUAGGGAGAUAUAUAGCUAAAGGAAUGGAGGCAGAGGGCUAAGUGCACAUACUAGUGAAUGGGAGUGAAAUCCUGCCCCCACUGAAGACAAUGGCAAAAGUCCCAUUGUCUUCACUAAGGACAGGAUUUCACCCCCAGUAUGUGUAUAAGUUUAGAGAUAGGUCUAUCCAUCUAGAACAGAACUGCAGCCUGGGGAUUCUGGGCUCUGCUGAGAUACUGGCUAAUGAACAACCUGCAGGAGACCUUAGAUUUUUAUUAAGUUCAAACUCUGACAAGAAAAUCUUAGUGGCAAAGACAUUGUAAGGGAGGAUCCUACAAUUGCUGUGGAUACAGGAUGUGAAGGUCACUAGCAGUGACCAAAUAAAACCAGGGUCUGCUUUAUAACAAUUCUCUGAUAGGGGAGAAAACCAGACCCUCUGAAAUGUCAGAGGACUCCUUAUUCUGGAUUCAGGGAUUUGCCCUGUCUACUGCAUUGAAAAGAUUCUUAAUAUCACAGGCAUCAGGUUUCCUGUUCCUAUUCCCUAGGGGAUUCUCCCUGUGGUAAACACGAUGAGUCACACUGAUGGAAAACACCUACAAUUUCCCUUCCAACAUCUGUUUUAGUGCCUCAGUACCAUCAUGCUACUGGCAGAAGCAGACACCCAGAUACCAAGAGGUUUCCAAGAUACUCUUACUACAGUACUGAUAUGCUAGUAACUUCGUCAACACUUGCCCACUGUCCUAUAUCCCUUGUCUCAAUUGGUCUGCUUAUAUAUUGGAGCUGACAUGAUGGAUCGGACUGUUGGUCCAGUGCAUUUAGCUGAAUAUCUUGCCUCCAUCAGGGCUAGAAUCUGAUGCAUCACAAGAAUGCACACCCUCGCCCCAUAUUAGCCUAUUGGGCAUAUUUCACCAGCCAUUGUGCAGUGCUACCAAUGAAGGAGGUCCGGAGAGAAUGCUCCAUACCUUGAUGUCUCCCUGCUCCUCACCAUACCAUAAACAGGGUAACGGGUAUAAAAGAAAAUGCAGAUUAGCAAAACAAGAAGACCACUAAGUUUGAAUGCGUUAGUAUCAAUGGCCUAAAGAAGCAGAUAAACAAGGUAUGUACUAUAUGAGCAGGUGUCCUUUAUUCCUGAUACAAUGCAAUCUAUAAAACAGCAUGUCUCUCAGUUCCAUUAACAUGGAGACUGGAGUCAGCGGAUGAGGCUUCAGGUGUGGUACAAUUACAGGGCCAGACUCUUUUUUGCAUUUCAGUGAAAAAUUCUCAAAUAGAAUUUUGCUUCUUUAAGAGAAUUCCGCUAUUAACCUUUCUACUCUCCCUUUAGGCUUUGUAACCAGCUCCCACCAUGGGCGACAGUGCUUGGGUGGGGACCUGGAGGCCUCAUCGUGCAAGGGGCCCAAUAAUGGCCCACUUUACCAGCCCAGGACCAAAGUACUCAAUACAAGGAACAACAGGUUACUUGAAGCAUAACCCCACCAAAAGGAAAGCCCCUGCCUACACUUUUAAGGGGGCAAGGCCCUCGCUCCAUGAAGCCUGUUCUCCAGGUCCUCAUUACUAUGUGGAAUCCUCAAUGACCAGGAAGGGAAAGGAAACUGCCCCAGCUUAUACCAUGUGUGGGCGCCCCAACGUGAAAACUGAGGUCACACCUGGCCCAAGCGAUUAUUCACCAGAAAAGUCAAAAAAGCAUGUUUAUGAAUCUGCUCCUGUGCACUCCAUGUCAUUCAGGACUAGGAGCUUCAGUGUAGACAGCACUCCAGGUCCUGGCGCAUACACUAUUCCUCGGGUGAUGGGACCCAACACAGUAGACAAAACUGCUAGCCCUUGUUAUUCCAUGAAAUGGAAGAGUAAGCUUGGUCGCUUUGAUGAGGAUCUCCAUAAGACCCCGGGUCCAGCUGCAUAUAAAAAGACAGACGUCGAUGUGUACAAAAAGAGAGCCCCCAAGUACAGCAUGAGCUCCCGGACUAAGCCCGCAGGAACUGUUAGACAUCCUGGACCAGGAGACUAUUAUCCCGGAAAGGUAACAUUGACCAAGCCUUGCGCCCCAGUUGUUACCUUUGGAAUCCGACACUCUGAGUAUACAAUGCCUUUGAUAGUGGAUGUCUAUUGACCUUCACGCAAGCUGCCUUACAGAAACUACAUUUAUUUUUCUAUAUCAUGUUGCUUUAUAUUUUAAAGCUGCCAGUUUUUAUACAAGUUAUCAUCUAUCUUCAAACAAAUAUUAAGUUUCUACACGUUCUAGCACUAAAGGUGACAAAUAUUCAGAAAAUGAUCAUUUGCAAUAUUUUAACUUGCCUCUGGCUAUGAAGGAAUUUUCCAUAUCCCCCCUUAAUGAAGAGGACAUGUUGAAGCUAGCAGUAUUACCUUGACAUGUGGAUCUUGCUGUAUCUACCUGCUGAGAGUCUGAACCCUGGCAUUAGUGCAUUGAAGCAUCUGGAUCCUGUGUUCCAGAAACUGGGAGUUCAUAACUGUAUACAUAAAGAGUCACUCAGUUUUGUACUACUGAGCUAUUUUGUUUGUUUACUCCUGUGAUGACCCUCACUGUGUGUGUCAUUUAUCCCUUUGAUUGUGUUCUAUUGCAGUAUCAGCAUGUAAAGAAAAUAAAUCAGGGAGUCAGUAUUUAUGUCAAAGUAGCUGAAUACUUCAAUCUACCUUUAGAUGGAGCUACAGACUAAAGUUUAAAGGGAUACUGGGUGGUUAAAACAAGUUCUUAGAUGUGUUACAUCUUUAGAUUAUUAAAACAAAACUUUAAAAAUUUAAAUGGGCUUUUCGCCACUCAUUCCCAGUUUACCUUCUCCUCUUCACUAAUCUUGGAUAAUGGGGUGGGAGGGGAAGAGAAAAUUAAAACCACUUCUGGUUCUCAUACCUUAGCAAAAUAUUGCCAUUUUAGAGUUGCUAGAAAAUGUUAAAAUCCUAAAUUAAAAAAACAUUUUCACUAAAUUUAAGAACAAAGUUUCAUUACAAUUUUUUAAAACACAGUAAGCCUAGAUUGCCAAACAACAUCCCCUUAACCUAGGAGAAGUGCAGUUCUUGCCCUCUCAGCUGCUGUAUGCCGGAUGGCUGUGAACAUGCAGCGUCUUGCAAGGUCCACAUGCAGGCUAACCAUAACUGCAGGCUGCACUCAG